CACAAGGAGAACACGUCUGGAUUCCUUGGAUUAUGGAUUGCUCUUGCACAAUGCUUUAUUAUAGCAAAUGCAUUAAACAGGAGGAUGCAUGAGGAGGUCCUAUGGAAAUAUUAGUUAUAUAAGAUUGCAAUCGUUGUGUAAGGGAAUCCCCCAAGAAGACAGUGUGCAAGGAACUGGCUGAAAAGUAGCAGGUGCCUCAGGACCACAGACCUUCCACACAACAUGCUUUUGCAAACUUGAAUCCUACCUUAUUGAGAUUCCAUUUGGCAAAGCCAAAGGAGGUGACAUUGCAGAGAUGUCAGAGCCAGAGCUGGACUUCUCCAAAGUGGAAAGUUUCUUGGACAGCCAUCCAGAUCUUUUUGAGGAUUAUCUCAUUAGGAAAGGGAAGCACUCCUCGGUGGAGAAGUGGCUGAAGAGGAACCAGAUGUCUAAAAUCUCUUCUAACUCUAGUACUGAGGAUAAGAGUAAGGAGUGUUGGGGUAACAGAGGAGAUGGGUUGCAGAGGAGAGCAUCUCAGAAGGAGCUGAGAAAAAGUUUUGCACGUUCUAAGGCCAUUAAUGUCAAUAGGACCUAUGAUGAGCAUGUCAACUCCAGAGCCCAAGAACCCUUGACCAGCAUGAGGAGAAGAGCCUUGCUCAGGAAGGCCAGCUCCUUACCCCCCACCACUGCUCAUAUCCUCAGUGCUCUGCUGGAGUCCAGGGUCAACAUCCCCCAAUAUCCAUCCACUGCCAUUGACUAUAAGUACUACCUGAAGGAGCACAAUGAGAGGGAGUUCUUCCUGGAAUUAGUGAAGGACAUAUCUAAUGAGCUUAACCUCGCCAGUCUUUGCUACAAGAUCUUGAUCUUUGUGUGCAUCAUGGUGGACGCUGACAGAAGUUCGCUCUUCUUGGUUGAAGGUUCAGCCAGCAAAAAGAGUUUGGUGUCCAAAUUCUUUGAUGUGCAUGCAGGUACCACUCUAUUGCCUUCCUGCAGAACAGACAACUCCAACGAGGUGCAGGUGCCCUGGGGAAAAGGUAUCAUAGGCUAUGUGGCAGAACAUGGAGAAACAGUCAAUAUCCCAGAUGCUUACCAGGACAGAAGAUUCAGUGAUGAAAUAGACAAACUCACUGGAUAUAAGACCAAGUCUCUGCUAUGUAUGCCGAUACAGAACAGCGAUGGGGAAAUUAUUGGGGUCGCACAAGCCAUAAACAAGACCCCUGGAGGAGCACCGUUUACUGAGGAUGACGAAAAAGUUAUGCAGAUGUACCUCCCAUUCUGUGGUAUUGCCAUAUCCAAUGCACAACUUUUUUCUGCCUCAAGAAAAGAGUAUGACAGGAGUAGGGCUUUGCUGGAGGUGGUGAAUGACCUGUUUGAAGAACAAACAGACCUGGAGAAAGUUGUCAAGAAAAUUAUGCAUCGGGCUCAGACGUUGCUGAAGUGUGAGCGCUGCUCUGUGCUGCUUCUGGAGGACAUUGAGUCACCAGUGGUGAAAUUUACCAAAUCAUUUGAGCUGCUUUCUCCUAAAUGUAGUGCGGAUGCUGAGAGCAGUUUUAAAGAUAGCUUGGAGAAAUCCUCAUAUUCCGACUGGUUAAUAAAUAACAGCAUAGCUGAGUUAGUUGCUUCCACGGGUCUUCCAGUUAACAUAAGCGAUGCCUAUCAAGACCCUCGCUUUGAUGCAGAGGCUGACCAGUUCUCCGGGUUUCAUAUCAGAUCUGUGCUGUGUGUUCCCAUAUGGAAUAGUAAUCAUCAGAUAAUUGGUGUAGCACAAGUAUUGAACAGACUGGAUGGAAAGCCCUUUGAUGAUGCUGAUCAAAGACUGUUUGAGGCUUUUGUUAUAUUUUGUGGCCUUGGAAUUAACAACACCAUAAUGUACGAUCAAGUAAAGAAGUCGUGGGCAAAGCAGUCAGUGGCUCUUGAUGUUCUUUCUUAUCAUGCAACUUGUUCAAAAGCUGAAGUUGAUAAAUUUAAGGCAGCCAACAUCCCUUUGGUGUCAGAACUUUCUAUCGAUGACAUCCAUUUUGAUGACUUCUCCUUGGACGUCGAUGAGAUGAUUACGGCAGCGCUGAGAAUGUUUAUGGAACUGGGGAUGGUCCAGAAGUUUAAAAUUGAUUAUGAGACCUUGUGCAGGUGGCUUCUGACAGUAAGGAAGAAUUAUCGAAUGGUUCUCUAUCACAAUUGGCGGCAUGCCUUCAACGUGUGCCAGCUGAUGUUUGCCAUGUUAACUACAGCGGGAUUCCAGGAAAUUUUGACCGAAACGGAGAUCCUGGCCGUGCUUGUGGGGUGCCUGUGUCAUGAUCUUGACCACAGAGGAACCAAUAAUGCCUUCCAGGCCAAAAGUGGCUCGGCUCUGUCUCAGCUCUACGGAACGUCGGCCACCUUGGAGCAUCAUCACUUUAACCACGCUGUCAUGAUUCUUCAGAGCCAGGGGCACAACAUAUUUGCCAACUUGUCCUCCCAGCAGUACAGCGACCUCAUGCAGCUUCUGAAGCAGUCUAUUCUCGCCACGGACAUCACACUUCAUUUCGAGAGACGAAAUGAGUUUUUCGAACUGGUCAGUAAAGGGGAAUACAACUGGAAUGUUAAAGACCACAGAAUCAUAUUCAGAUCAAUGCUGAUGACAGCAUGUGACCUUGGAGCUGCAACCAAACCAUGGGAGAUCUCAAGACAGGUGGCCGAAUUAGUGACCAGUGAAUUCUUUGAGCAAGGAGACCGAGAACGAUCAGAGCUCAAACUGACUCCUUCAGCUAUUUUCGACCGUAACAGAAAAGACGAGCUUCCUAGGUUGCAAUUAGAAUGGAUUGACAAUAUUUGUUUGCCUUUGUAUGAGACUCUUGUAAAAAUGAAUGGAAAACUGAAGCCUAUGCUGGAUUCCGUAAUCACAAAUCGUUCCAAAUGGGAGGAACUGCACCAGAACAGACUGGUGUCACAGGGAAACACCUCAUCCACCACCACCACCACCACCACCUUCCCCACUCCUGCUUCCUCACCUCAGCCAGUGAUGGAGUGUCUCCUGAAGACUUAAUCCUGCAAGAGAACCACUGCUACAUGUGAGAGCUACAUUAAAAGGCUGUCAUAAGCUUAGCUGUUUAAUUAAGUUACUGCAGCCAUGCUUUUAUAGCUGGAGAGCUAAUGCAAUGGUCAUGACUUGGCUUCUGCCUAGAAGCUCAGUGGAUUGAAGACAGAAGGGACUGUGGUAAUAGUGAAGCGAUAUACUGAGGAGCCUCUUGGAAAUCUUGCUUUUUGAGACGACAAAUGGCACUCAUUCAAGCUUUGCAAAAAUUGAGCUGUUGCUGCAUUGUGGAUGGGACACCGGUAGACUUCAACCUAAGUUUAAUCCAUGCAGCGCAGUGACUCCAAUGCACAACGUACUCAUUCAUCACUAAGCUAAAGCAGACAAUGAAUAUUGUAUAUUUUUUUGUAUGCACCUCCCAUAAUUACACAGUGCCUGCCUGAUGUGUUUUCUUUUUACCUUGCACUUGCAUUAUUUUAGAAACAUGCUUCUCGUAGGUCCACAUUGCUAAUUUUAUGCUCCUCCUCAAAAAAUGAAUGGGAAACUCCGAUGGCAGCUUAUUUCCUCAUUGCCCAAAGACGAAACAAACUAUGCAGAUAAAUUCUAUUAUUUCAAACAAAUUAGCUAUUUUUUAUUUGCUUUAUUUUAUGGUUGUGCUAAAAAAAUGUUUAACUAUAAAGUAGAAUUAUAUGACAAUUUUACCCCAUGUACAAUAUGAUUUUAACGUCAAGUAUUUUCAGUCUUCUAAUCUGUUAGACUACGUUCAGUCGCGACUGUUACUUGUCAGCUUUACAGAUGAUAAUGGGUCAGAGUAGCUUCAAACAAAACUUUGUCUACCUCCUUUUCAUUGUUGGCUAUGCUUUUUUUUUAACUUUAGUUUAAAAUCAGUGUUGCCCUGUCAGUAGUAGGUUAAGCAUCACACCAAUAUAUGGCCAUAAAUCAGCGAACCCAACAUAGCAUAGGUCAGAGUGGUCAAACACAUUAAGGUCUACAGUAGGUAACGCCGGCCACCCUUCAUUACCAAUACAUUGAUUGUUUCAGUAGCCACAGUUGUCUCUAUUUCAAGUUGGAAAUUCAUGUAAUUCCAUUCAAUGGUAAAGCACAGAAUCUCAUAAAAUCCAACCCCAUAAUUUAUUGUAAAAUAUAUACUUUUAUCGUAGCCCUACCUUCAACCAACCCUUACCAAAGAAGACUUUGUAGUAACAUAUUUUAUCCUAGUAAAAUGCAUUAUAUUUAUAGCCAAGUAUUUUAGAUAUAGGAAGGGUUGAACCCUUAUGUUUAAGGGUGAAAUUCUAUAUUGAAAAUGGCCUUGUUGGGUCAUGAACAUAAUCUCCACUGUAUCCAAUCUAUCCAUUUUGAAUAGGGCUGACCUAAAAUAUCAGACUGUUUCUGAAAGAUAUAGCAGCCCCUAUUUCCUAAUCUCAGACAACCCCUUUAAGUAAGUGGGCCAUUAAAUGCAGUGUGUACAGGAAUUUUUGGUACAAAAGUUAUUUUCCAAUACGUUGCCUGGAUGGUUCUAAUUGCAGCGAGUCCCAAAGUGAAGUGGAUCC